AUGGAAAUCGACAACUUGGAAGGGAACACAACAUUACACACCGCCCAUGAUUUGGUCUCUCUUCUUGUUAUUCAAGGCAAUCUUUGUUAUACAAACACUUCCGGGGUCAUCACGAAAUUGGAGGAUUCACUGAAGUGGGCAUAAAGAUGACUGAUGGAAAACUAAGUACGAAUUCAGAGUUCUCGAAUGUUCGCCGCUUCUCGCUCCGGUUCUAUCCUGUUCUGUAAUUCAAAACAGAAUCCACGUGGUUUCAGUCAAGUCUAUCUCCAGUUUCAGUCAAGAUUCCCCGCUUGACUACGAGAGUUAUGAAGCAGAGAAGGUAACCGAUUUUUGAUUCUGAUUUUGUGUCACUCAACAUUAACAGAUUCUCACUCACGGACAAAUCAAAAUGUUCGGGGAAACCCGUCUGAUGAUCUACGACAAGGCAUCGCAAACGUGUUUCAUUUGGGAAACGGAUAGACCAAAGUGAGCGGAGAGCUCAUCAACUUGCCUGCUUCAACACGAAUUUGCAGGUCGCCCUCCCAUUUGCUCUGUUUCGGUCCUUCGGAGUUCACAGUCGACGUGGCAUGUGAUGAGAAUAAUCUGUAUUCUUUGACUACUGCGGGAGUGGUUUCUGUGUGGAAACUGAGACCGAAUGGGUCAGUUUUGACAAUAAGCAUAAUAAUAUAGAAUUCCGAGUUGUCACAUGGAAAGUUCUGAAUGGCGUUGCAAUUAUGAAUAGGCAGUUAAAAGCUUUGAAACGCUUUGAACGGGCUUCCCUAAUAGCUCCACUUUUUGUUCCAGAAGGAAAUACCGCGACCGUCUCUUCACCACCUUUCUCUCCCACUGCUCCCGGCUUCUUCUGGCCUUCCCGCAGGUCUAAUUCGCCUUCCUCGAACCCUUCUAAACAUCGCUGACCUUCCAGAAAUUCGUGAUCCUCACCGCCUCGGAAGUGCAUUUUGUUGUGUUCGGCACCGACUCGGACGGGCAGCAAUGA